CUGAUACUCUUGUUGCUGUUCUUGCUUCCUCAAUCCAUAUUCCCCUGUAUUUCUACUGUAUCUAUACGUAGAAUUCCUACUUCUCUUGCUCUGUUUCAAAGGAUUCGUUAAUUUCUCUGGAUAUAAUAACCACCACGCAAGAAUGUCCGGCGUGUCCCUCGCCGCAUCUCCGCCGUCGGGCAACCAGCAGCAGCAGGCGGCGACACCAGCGUUAGGUGGAGUGAUGGGCUCCCUCCGCGUAAUCGAAUUGCAGCUAGUGGCUUUCAUCAUGGUGUUUUCAGCCAGCGGCCUUGUCCCCCUCGUCGACCUCCUCUUCCCGGCGUUCGCCUCCGCCUACGUCCUUAUGCUUUCCAGGUUUGUGUUUCCGUCGCUGGGAAAGAUCAGCAAUGAGUCCCCGGAGAUAUUCCAGGGCAGCAGGGUGUUCAGACUGUACGUGGUGGUCGGCACCGCCGUGGGGCUGUUCUUGCCGUUGGCGUACGUGUUGGGCGGAUUCGCGAGAGGGGACGACCACGCCGUGCGGUCGGCGACGCCGCAUCUCUUCCUGCUGUCGUUUCAGAUCCUGACGGAGAACAUAAUUAGUGGGCUGUCGCUGUUUUCGCCGCCGGUGAGAGCCCUGGUGCCGUUGCUUUAUACAGUUCGUAGGAUUUUCGUGAUUCUUGAUUGGACGAAGGAUGUGUGGAUCAACAAAACCUUGCCUGCGAAUGCUCAACUGCCUGAUGUAUGCUGGUAUUGGUUCGGAAGGAGUCUGGCGGUCGCAAAUCUGGCUUAUUUCGCUGUGAAUAUGUUGUGUUUCUUAAUUCCUCGAUUCCUCCCAAGGGCGUUCGAGAGGUAUUUCAGGGAAAGGGACGAACUGCACUUGAAGAUGGCCGAAGACAAGCGUUCAUCAUCGGCAGCUUUCAGCAACUCUCAAACUUCAGAUAAAAAGGUUGACUGAUGUGAUGAGUGGAACAUGGCAUGGUCUCUCUUUUGAGUUCACUUGUGAGUUGUUUUGUGAUAGUCUCUUACCACCUAGAAUUAAUUGUCUUGUGACUUUGCUCUCAUAAAUUUGCAAAUGAUAUAUUGAUCGUGCAGGAGCUCAGUUUCUGUCAUGGGUUGUACUAACUAAUUGCUUGGACAAUUAGUAGGAUCAAGAUAAAUUCUGAUUGUACUUGUUACGAGGAUUCUUACACAAGUCAGGUCAGAUUGAACCUAGCUAAUCUAUCACAUCAGUUUGAACAUAAUCAAUCACGCAACAUAUGUUAUGUGUUUGUUGGAUCUUCCUGACCUAGAUAGUAAAUUGGAUCGAAUCAGAUUUCUCGUUAUAAUCAUUUCAAGUCUGGUAAAAAAUUCGGUGUGGAUAGGUAUAUGGAUUCUGAAUUGUUAUGGCUUUGGAAUCAAAUUUCAUUGUUAGAAUUAGUACAUAAAUCGCAGGGUGGGUUUUGUCGUAUCAUGUUUCCAUCACGCCCAAAGUCUAAUGCUUUUUCAAUAGUGUGCUACCAGCAGAAGAGGUGGAGGGUUGCCGCAAUGGUGCAAGAUCCCGUCGAGUAGUGAUUGAUUUAUUUAGUGAAAAGUCUCGUACUUCCGGCCUUUUUGUCAAUACGUGCAAUGCAUGAGAUUUUGAUUUUUAGUUUUUCUUCAUUCUCAUUUGGUCAAAAUUCUUAUUUCGACGUAAAAAACUCCACCGUCAAACAAAAGAAAUGU